GUCCGUGAUGAACUUUCUGAUGAUAGUCAUCAUUGUGGAGAAACGCCAUUAGCAUUAUUGUCUGUUGGUUUGGUCACCCAGUUCCCACUGGAUUAUAUGCAUCUGGUAUGCCUUGGAGUGACAAGAAAGUUGUUGCAUCUUUGGCUAAAGGGACCACGACUGACAAGAUUUUCACCCAGCAUGGUAAAAGAGCUCUCCAGAGUACUCCUGACCUUCAAACCUCAUGUUCCGUGCGAGUUCAACAGGAAGCAACGAUCCAUGGAAGAUGUUGAUUGUUGGAAAGCUACUGAAUUCAGGCAGUUCCUCUUGUACGCUGGACCAGUCAGCUUAAAAGGCCUUGUACCAACUCAAGUGUACAACAACUUCAUGCUGCUUUCAUUUGGCAUCACCAUCCUACUGAAUGUUUCCCUGUGUGCUGACCUUGCAGACUAUGCACACGGAAUAUUGGUUCUCUUUGUUGAUCACUGCAGCAAGCUUUAUGGGAAAGAACAUGUUACAUACAACAUGCAUGGAUUGGUGCACCUCAGCCAAGAUGCCAAGAAGUAUGGAGUCCUUGAUAACAUCUCAUGCUUCCCAUUUGAGAACUUCCUUGGGCAUCUGAAGAAACUGUUGCGCAAGCCUACACAACCACUGGAGCAGGUUGUUCGCCGAUUGUCUGAGAGAAGUCAGCACAGAACAAACAUCUCCAAAACAAGGUCCUUGAGAGAGCACAACCAUGGGCCACUCCUCAACGGUCUUUCUGUGAAAAAGCAGUAUGAGGAGUGUUACUUUCAAGACUUUGUAGUGAAACGUUCAGAGGGAGACAACUGUGUCCUGUUGAAAAAUAAGGACAUAGUUGUUAUACAGAAUGUCGUCAUUGAUGAAAUGGACAACACUUUCGUCAUCUACAAGAGGUUCCGGAACAUGGUCGAUUUCUUUACUUACCCUGUGGAAUCUUCCAAGAUAGGCAUUUUUCAUUUAUCUGGCCUAUCAGACACACUCCGCUUUACGCACAUAGCAAAUGUGCAGAAGAAAUAUUAUCUUUUUCCUUGCCCAGAUGGAAAGGCUGGUUUCCUGUUGAUCCACUUGUAAAAAUGACUGCUUUUUUGAAGGGAUGCUGUUUGCCAUUGUCCAGUUUAUUGAUGAGGAGGACCUUCCAUUUGCAGUGGUUCCGCAAGUGUGGCUCAGCGAGGGCAUGUGCUUUUGGCCCCCAUUUAACCUCCGCAAAAAAAGAUAAAGGCAACAAUUUAGCCAUCCGCUGCACGCCUCCACACAUCUCCUGGGAGAAACAUAAUUUUAAGUUUAUGAAGGGAGCAGAAUCUUGGCAAGAGGCGAUGCGAUAUUUGGUGCGCUUCCAAGCGGGUUCCAGUGUUGAAACAGAUGAUGACAAGAAGGGAAAGAGAAAGAGAAUUUCAAAUUCCAAGUACAGACCCCAGGCCUCUUCUGAUGAAGAGAAGUCUAGUCUGCCAGAUGCACCAGCAGUGCAGUCGUUUGGAAAACCUCUUUUGAGCUUUGAAAACAUAGUUCCUGGUAACAAGACUCCAGUGCUGCCCGAUGCUCCAGAAGUUGCGUUGAUUCCAGAAAACCAGGAAAAUGUUGAGCCAUCUGUAGGCUUCAGAGCUGAACCAGGUUUCUUCCCUGAAAUCCAGACUCCACUUCUCAGAGCCAAGAGUUUCAGUACAAGACACUUGACUGGUUUCUCGCCGCAGCAGGUUCUGGAUGAAAGGUGUCAAGAUUUCCAGAGACUCCAAAAUAAGAACCAAGCCCUUAUUGGGGAGAACCAAGCUCUCAGGGAGGAGAUCCAAGCCCUGAGGGAAAGCAAUGCACGAGCAGCUUCGGAUGACAGCGGCUCACUUCAAGAGCAGGUGAAGCAAGUUGGGAAUAUGUUGAAGACGUUUGCUCGCACUGGGCAAUCAGGUGCAGAUCAGACUUUAAUGCUGCGACGUCUUGGAGAGUUUGGCGAUGUUGUGCGUAGCAUGGACAGCAAAAUGGACACUAUGCUGCAACAUUUCAGUGCCAAUGUGUCUGUUGGAGAGUUAUCCCUGCCAGGGGAUCUGUUACUCCCCCUAGACACCCAGGAAGAUUUGGCCUUGCUUGAUAACAGUUUGAGGCAGGAUAAAGAGCUCCAGGAUCGUUUUCUUCGGUUUUUGGCCAUCAAAUGUGGGAGGGACCUAAAAACAACCGUCUGGCGAAUGCUUCAGAGUAUCUUCUCUAAUCACCUUGCCAUCAAUACAACCUGGACUGGUGUAGGGGAUAAAGCAUGUUUUAGAGACACCUUCCUGAAGACCAUUGUUCAAAGAGCCAUCCGGAAGAACCCGGCGACCCAGGAUGCCACUGAUGAGGCGUUCCAGGUUAAUGUUACGCGUUACCUGAAAGGAGCAUCUGACCGUGAAGGUGGGAAAAGGCGCCGCACUGCUGAGAGGGACCCACAGCCGACCCCUUAAACCUAGGCUGACUACUGACACCCCAGCAUCACUGAUAAACGGAACCCUGUUUUUAUCCUGCAGUCAGUAACAUCAAGAUGCCUAAAGAAGCCAGAAGUGUUAGAACACUCACACAAUCCACACUGUUCACUGUGGAAAUUACUUAUUUUUUCCUUCUUCUUCUUCCUUGUGAAUACCUCUGAAACUUUAUAUUGCACAUUUACCUUGUACAAAAUAUUCCACUUACUACAUUUGCUUUUUUUCCAUUCCAUCACAGUACUUAACUUGUUGAUUCUAUUGUUAAAUAGAGUUUGUAAAUCAUUGUGCCAAAGGUCAGGUCUACUACUUUUUACCUCUAAUUUUUGUGUGUGUAUGUGUCAAGUUGUUUAUCACAGAUACAAGAGACACAGAUCUUAUUGCACAGUGAAAUCUUGUAUCCUAGGUCAGCAGUGCCAUUAUAGUGGUUUAUUUGCACUUAUCCUAUCCUGUUAGGAAUGGCUUGUAAAUGCGAUUUAUUUAUUUGGUAUCCUGCACAUUCUUUGGUACCAACUAUCCUUGCUACUAAUGUUUACUGGUAAUUCUUUUCAUCACAGAGAUGACCUCUUUGUAUUAAUAAUAUUUGUAAGUGUUAUAAUUUGCUUGUAGGCUAAG